GUAUUCGAUAAUUAAUGUUCGAUGUCAAAAGCAAAUGCCAGUGUAAAGUUUUUGUUUUUUUUUUCAACCUCUUUAUAAAUCGUGUUUGGGAAAUUUUAUUAUAUUACAUCAAAAGUACAAAUAUGAGUGGAGGGUUGAAAAUUCGAUUAUUUUUAUAGCAAGUGAAAUUUUGUGAUGAGAUUUUCGUGAACGAAACUAAAUUAAGGAUGGCCAACCAUUACGAAGUACCGAGCUGGGCUGGAAAGCCGCCAGUGGGUUUGCAUCUCGAUGUUUUGAAGGGUGAUAAAUUAAUUCAGAAAUUAAUGGUAGAUGAGAAAAAAUGUUAUUUGUUUGGACGAAAUCAACAACUCAAUGACUUUUGUAUCGAUCAUGCGUCGUGUUCGAGGGUUCACUGUGCGCUUGUUUAUCACAAACAUUUAAAUAGAGCUUUCCUCGUUGAUCUUGGCAGUACCCAUGGAACUUACAUAGGAAACAUGAGGCUGGAAUCACAGAAGCCAACUCAAUUGCCAAUUGACAGUACGUUCCAUUUUGGAGCUUCCACAAGAUACUAUAUAAUUAGAGAAAGACCUCAGAGUGGGGCAAGGGCCAUAAUAGAAGAAAUGGAAAAAUCUUCGGACGACAUUGACGCCGGUGGUCUUCUAGGUCUCCCAGAGACGGAGACUGAACUCGAUAAUCUUACUGAAUUCAAUACAGCACACAAUAGGCGAAUUUCCAUGCUUGGUAUAAGCGACGAUGAUGUCCACAAACCAACGAGAAAACGUAAAAAAAAAGGAAUUACUUUCAAUGAUGAUGAAGAAGUUAUCAACCCCGAGGAUGUUGAUCCAUCGGUUGGACGUUUUCGUAAUCUCGUACAAACCACUGUCGUUCCUAGCAAGAGAAUGAGAUUAGAGGGUGGUUUGAUAUCACUGUCAGAAGAGAGUCAUAACCCAUUAAAGCACAUACAGCAGACAGUGGCGACACAGCAUCUCUACCACGAUUUGCCACCGGAGCAAUUUACACCUUCAUCGAUGCCGAGCAAUCCCUUUUCAACAGCGUUAACGUCACUGACAUCGCGCCUUGGAAUAGCUCUGCCAAAUCCAGCACCAGAGGUUGAAAUGACACCGAACCAAAUGCAAACGGAGCCUCCGCACAUGAACGAAGUUUCGGGGCCUGCAGAGUCUCACGGUUUGGAGCCAAAAAAGAAGAAAUACGCAAAGGAAGCUUGGCCAGGGAAAAAGCCAUUGCCGACGCUCCUGGUAUAAUUUCAAUAUAUAUAUAUCUAUAUAUAUAUACACAUGUUUCGUACAUACGUUUGCGAAUCCAUUGUAUUCGAAAGAUUCGGAGCGUCGGAAGCGUUUUGACAAAAAUUUUGUGAAUUAUUUCAAUGGACUCAAAUGUAAAUAUGUUCUUAUCAAAUUAAAUCAACACAAAAAUCGCCGGGAAAUAAAAUCUCGUAAAAAAACUCUGAUAAAAAAUACGUACGAGGUUAUUUGAAAAAUAUAGAAAAAAAAUACA